AUGAGCCUCCCAUCCCUCAUGGAUACGGCUCCACCACCUAUUGUCGCAGAGAUGCAGGCAAUGAAGGAUCAGAUGGAAGUUAUGAUGAACGCCCUCAAGGGACGAGUGUCUAGCGAUCUUGACAACCUAGUUAACCGAAUCGACUCACCGGCCUUCCCUACAACCUUGAAGGGUGCUACGAGAAUUUGGUUCAGUCAGUUGACGCCUAACUCCAUCAGUACUUUCAAGGAGUUGAGUGCCCAGUUCACUUCGCACUUUAUUGGAGGGCACAGAUACAAGAAGUCUACUGCAUGUCUGAUGAACAUUAAGCAGCGGGAGGACGAGACGCUGAGGUCCUACAUAACCCGUUUCAACAAGAAGGCCCUCUCAAUUGACGAAGCAGAUGGCAAGAUACUCGUAGCAGCAUUCACUAAUGGGUUACGGAAGGACGCACUAUUAGCCCACGGGGAUAAGCCUAGAAAAAGGGAAAGACAGGAGGACACACGGCAGGAUGGGGGGCGAAAGAUGGCUAGAACCGGAGAACAACGGGAUGAUAGACGCUCCAAACCCCCCAUUGGAAGGUUCACAAGCUUCACCCCAUUAACUGCCCUAAUAGAUCAGGUCUUAAUGCAGAUCAAAGAUGAAGGAGCCCUGACAUUCCUCGGCAAGUUGAAGGGAGAUCCUAGCAAGAGGCCAAGGGACAAGUACUGCCGCUUCCAUCGAGACCACGGGCAUGACACAGCUGACUACUACGAUCUAAAACAGCAGAUAGAGGCUCAUAUAAGAUAG